GUGCCUGCGCCUCCUUUCUCGUGUGGUCAGUCAAAACCACUUCUACCCCUUCGCUUUCCUUCCCCUCGCACUGUUCCCUCAUCCCCGUCCCGAAACCCUAACCCCAGCAAAAUCCCCCGCGCCCCUCCGCCCCACUCCCAUGGCCGCCGCCGACGCCGAGGUGGAGCGUCUCUACGAGCUCGGCGAGCGCCUCUCCUCCGCCAAGGACAAGUCGGAGCACGCGGCGGACUACGAGGCGAUCAUCGCGGCGGUGAAGGGGAACAGCGUCAAGGCCAAGCAGCUGGCGGCGCAGCUCAUCCCCAGGUUCUUCCGUAGCUUCCCGGCCCUCGCCACGCGCGCCAUGGAGGCCAUGUUCGACCUCGUCGACAUGGAGGAGCUCGCGAUCAGAAUACAAGCUAUUCGUGGGUUUCCACUUCUUGGCAAAGAUGCAGAAUUUGUGUCCAAAAUUGCAGAUAUUCUAGGACAAGUUCUUGCAAGUGAGGAAAAUGUGGAGCGUGAUGCUGUUCAUAAAGCACUCAUGUCCCUUAUACGACAAGAUGUUAAAAAUUCCUUGCAGCCUUUAUUUAAGCAUGUGGAGUCAGGAUCGGAGAUCCGUGAGAAGGUUAUUUGUUUUCUUAGAGACAAGGUCUUUCCUCUUAAAGCAGAGCUGCUGAAACCUCAAGCAGAAAUGGAGAGAUAUAUAACUGAUUUGAUAAAAAAAAGUGUCCAAGAUGUAACUGGGUUGGAAUUUAAAUUAUUCAUGAAUUUUCUGCGAAGUUUGAGCAUAUUUGGGGAUUCUGCUCCUCGAGAGUCCUUUCAAGAACUAAUUGAAAUUAUUCAAGCACAAGCUGAUCUUGAUGCACAGUUCAAUGCUUUGUGUUUGCCUUGGCAUUCUUGUUCAUUCUUCCAGGUUUCUGACAUUGACCACAUUGAGAGGUGGAUUUCAUGCAUGUAUAUGGCUCUUCCGAUCUUCAUGAGAGGUGCAUCGAGCAGCAAGUUCCUCAACUAUUUUGUUAAGCAAAUUGUUCCAGUUUUUGAUAAGAUUCCUGAAGAGAAGAAACUGGAUUUGCUCAAGACCAUUGCUGCAAGUUCACCAUAUUCUGCAGCACAAGAUUCACGUCAACUGCUUCCAUCUAUUGUUCAGUUGCUCAAGAAGUAUAUGCCUGGGAAGAAGGUGGAAGAUAUCAACCAUAGUUAUGUUGAAUGCUUGCUGUACACUUUUCACCAUUUGGCCCACAAGACUCCAAACACAACGAACACUCUCUGUGGUUAUAAGAUUGUUACUGGGCAGCCGUCAGAUAGACUUGGAGAGGAUUUCUCGGAGCAGUACAAAGAUUUUAUGGAGAGGUUAACUGGAACAGAAGAGACAGUUCGAGCAGCCUCAAAGAGACUAACUCAGGGAAUGGCAAAUUUUAACAAGGCAAUAUCUGCAGCAAAAACGGAAGAAGAGAAAACUAAACUUAAAGCCGAUCAGCAGAAAUCAACAAUGUCAAUGCGGGCAUAUAACAACAUAUUGGCAAUGGUGCAGCCAUUGCAUGCGAAAUCCCCAUUAUUUAUUGGUGAUAAGAAAAUCAUGCUGUCAUGGAUGGAGCAGCCAAAGAAACCAGCAGCAGCUACCACAACAGGAGGGAAGAGAUCCCAACCUGCUACGAAUGGGAAUGGCCCUGCAAUCAAGAAGGGGCGAGGAGAGGGAGGAAUGCAUAAUCAGCUUGUGCACAGAGCUUUUGAAGGAUUGUCUCGCGGUGGUAGAGGCAAUGGAAGAGGGCGGGGCAGGGGAGGCCAAGGAAGAGGAUGGGGCUACCGCUGAGAUCAGCAAGAAAGUUAACCUGGGCUUUCUGCUUCCAUUUGAGUAAGGGCAGAAGUUUGUUUUGUUACUUCACUGGGGUUGGCUCUGGCUCUUCUGUAUCCAACAAGAUGGAAUUGAUGAUCCUUCAUGGCGUGCGACUGCUGAAUGCGUACAGAGAGCUCGUAAAAGGAUGCCUGGGAAUGUGGACAAUCUGUACAGCUUAGCUGUUCAUUUACCAUUCGUCAGUGACUCUUUCCUAUCCUGACCGUUUGUUAGUCGACCAAUUUCACCUAUCUUGGUUGUUUGAUGAACUCAACAGCUAGAAAUUGUUAGAUUAUUUAUCUGACUUUAUCAGAGCCUGAAGAGAUGCAUUUAGUUUUCGUGUUGAGGAUCUUGUUUAUGUUGGUUUUGUUAGUCCUAUGUGUUCUAUUGUAUUUGUCAACAACGUUCAUCUACCCGUGACACAUGUAUUGAUGAAAUUCAACGUUUAGAUAA